CAUAGUACAUAGAGUUAGAUGUCUCUGGAAUUUGGUGGGGAUAGCAAACUGUGGUAUAGUUCAAGGCUAUAUAUAAUGACUUCAAUACACUGAAUUUACUUUCCAAAUAAAUGAUUUUGGUAUAUACAAACAGUUAUAAAAAGCAUAUUCAUUUUACUUUGUUGAAGUGCUUUAAAAUGAAGGCAAAAGUGAAACAUAUGUUAACCAAUGGUUUAUGAAGUCCCAUAAUAAUGUAUGCAAGGAAACUUAAUCCUGAGCUAGAAAAGCUUCAAGAAGAGGUUUUGGGGCCUCCAAGUUUAGAAACCUUUGUUCGAAAUGUACAAGAAGCAGCCUCAAAAAUCCAUUCUUCUUUUCUAUUUGAAAAUGAAGGCAAAGAAUUAUUACAAAAAUUGUGCCUUUUUUUAAGUGCAACAGCUUCAGGUAAAUCUUAUGGAGAUUGGCAGAAAUUUGCGGCAGUUCUUGGCCUCAUGAUAGAGCAAAUAAAAUGCAUCGACUAUGAUUUUAAAGGGUUGCAAGAUCCAACUUACUAUGUUUUACUGGCAUUUUCUCAAUUAGCAGAAGCUACUAUGGAUAAGAUAAUUAUUGCAUUGCAAAAAAUUGAUCGACCAGAUGUUAUUAACCGAGUAACAGAUUGCUUCAAUUACUUUAUUCAAGACAUAGUCCAAAACAGGAGCUUAAAUUUGAAAGAUGGAAUAUAUAAAUCCAGCACAUCACCAAGAGCUCCAUUGGUUUUAUGUCCUGUUAUACAAAAACAUCAUGAAAUAAAUCAAAGUCUUGCAAAAGUUCCUUACAAGCCAAAUAUUACAUGUCAAAGCGCAAGUCUAAAGUAUGGUAGUAUUGUAAUGUUAACGUUUGCUGAUGAUGGACGUAGAACAGCGGAAGAAAUUGCAAGAAUUUUCAGAUCUAAAAAUCCUAAAAUAGGAGUAAUAAUUUUACAAGAGCAGGAGAAGCAUGUGUAUUCUAAAGCCGAAGAAUUCAUAGAAGAUUGUUUUAAACAGGUUAAUUAUAUUGUGCCAAUAUUGACCAUGGGAUAUUUGAACAAAAUAAAUAACUAUGUGGAGGGUGAAAAUGACAAUACUGAUUUAGAUUCAAAAUAUCUAAGGUACAUUUACUCAUUAUUACGGUAUGAGUAUGUGAAACAAGACUGCAUAAAUAAUAGAGUGCGUUGCAUAAUUCCGGAUAUGGAAGUAAAAACUAUUUUGUCUCUUGACUUGCAUCCAACUUUACAAGCUUGGUUCAGAGAAAGCGAUAUACAUUCAUUUACAGAGAAAAUUCUUUUACAAAAAUUUUGAUAUUAUUUUAUGUACAAAUAAUAGUAAUUGUAUAUACCUAUACACAUAAGAAAUUGUUAUAAAGUGCCUUUUAUGAAACUUACCUUUGAAGUUUAUGAAAUGUUAUUCAUUAAUAAAAAAUUUGUUAAACAGA